UGUAGCUCAUCUGCUGACCGUCACCACUUCUCCUUUUCUCUUCCUGGUUGAGAAUAGGUUAGAGGAGUGUGGAAAGGGAGUGGCAAAGGCAAACCGGGCUCCAGAUUUCUGCACACUGUUGGACGGCAAGGACCAUGGGCGACUCCAAGGAAGAGAGGGAGAAACAUCUGUGCUCCCCGGGUGAGGCUGAGCUAGGACACAGGAUGCUCAGGGAAGAGUCAGGAGGGGCAGCUCGGGUCUCAGCCUGCCCAGGCUCUGACAGAUGAUACAACUGUUCAGUGAUGGACCUUGUGAUCAGGAGCACCAGCUAUUUCUAAGAAGCGUUGGACUAGACCCUGUUCAUGGCUUCAAGAGUUUCUGAAGCAGACAAGGGUUUGCAAGGGUGUCAGGACUGCCAUCGGUCCAUCACGAUACUGCAGCUCAUCUCCCUGGUGCUCUUCUCUGCUCUCCUCAUGGUUCUCCUUGCCAAAGUUGCUGUUUCUCCUGAGCAGACACACAGCUUGGAGCAGAUCCAGCAGCAGCUGACUCAGAUCAAUGCUUCGCUGGCUGGCCUGUGCCGGCCCUGCCCCUGGGACUGGGAGCUCUUCCAGGGAAGCUGCUACCUCUUUUCCCAGACUCAGGGGACCUGGGAAGCCUCGGCCACCUCCUGCCAGAAACUUGGAGGCCACCUGGUGAUUAUCAACAGUGCUGAAGAGCAGAGAUUCAUGAAAUACUGGAAUGUGAGGAAGAAACAACGCUCCUGGAUUGGCCUCAGUGACCACAGAUUUGAAGAUUUUUGGCAGUGGGUGGAUGGCACCCCUCUGCAGCUCAGCUUUUGGAAAGAAGGGGAGCCCAACAAUGAUGGGGAUGAGGACUGUGUGGAGCUAUUCCCAGAUAAGUGGAAUGAUAAUAAAUGCACUGAGCAAAACUUCUGGGUGUGUGAGCAGCCCUCAGCUCCCUGCCCUCAUCACUGAUGGUCUGUCCUUCCCCUGGGCAUGCAGACAACUUGGGGGCAGUCUGCUCUAGUUCCAGCUACCUUAUUCAUCCCCAGUGUCCCUGCUCUGAGUCCUUAGGGAUCCCGAGAGUCCCUGAGACACCCUCCCCUGCAGCUCUUCCCUUUUCUAUGGAUUAGCUCACUUGCUGUCCACAGCCCAUGAAACCCUCAGUAGAGUCACACACACAUGUGUCUGGGCUGUAUCUCAAUGACAUGCACUUUGCUGAGCAUGAGUGGGUCUCUGAGUUCUAUCCCCAGAACUAAAAUAAAAGA